AUGCGAAGGAAUCAAUCUAACUAUCCCACCCCUCCCAGUACUCCAACUGAAAGCUCCCUCAAGCCGUGCUUUCAUUUCUUGCGGAACAACGGCUGCAAAUUUGGGGCUCGGUGCAAAUUCUCCCAUGAGGUGAGUAGUGGCACACAGGCGGGCCAGCCAGCAGAUAGGAGGCGCCCAAGUACCGCCUCGCGUCCCUUUGCCAGCAAGAAUUACCGCCCACCAGAGGGGAAAUUGUUGAAAUGGAAGAGCUUGCUCAGGUCCGGCGAAGGAACUGCUCGACCAUCGCACACUAUUGUCGGCCAGUUCUUUAGCCUCGCUGUCGAACUCAUGGAUGGCGAUGUCGGCGGCGCUCAGGAGACAAUCAGGCUCGUCGUCACCGAGGCUGGACUGUCCUUUAUCAAGGAUGUCAUAGACCGGCAUAUUCCCAUGGAUAACAUCUCGACCACAGGUGUUCGUCUCUGGGAGACGGAGAUUAAGCCACUCUUUCAGCUUGUGACUCAUCCUCGCGUUGUUGAUUCUGCUGUCCUAGAGCAAGAAGUGGCAUCCAUAUUCAACUACCUCGUUGGAGUGGGAGGAGUGAGAAUGAACAAGCUCUUCAACUAUGUCAGCACAUUAUUUCAAAAGUGGCCAUCCUCCACCACGCAAAUCUCUCUCAUAGAGGCAGUCGAGUUGUCUCUCGCGGUGUUGGCCAAGAUGUUGGACUGCAACACCACCAAUAUCAUCAACGAAGCUUUCUCAACAUACGCCAGCAGCUUGGCUAGCCUCUUGGACAAACCAGCAGAACCAGAAGAGAUGCUUCCUCGUCUUCAAGCCAAAAGGUACCUAGAUUACAUUGGUCAGCGUGUUCAAAUUGGGUAUCAGUUGUCAAGCCUAGAGCCGCGAGUUCAAGCUACCCAGACCCAUGAAACUUUCACUCUAACAAGAGAUCUUCCUGGCCGUCUAUCUCCUGGAGGACCUAGGCACAACAACGACCAUGCGAGCAUAGUCAAUAUCAAGAUUUUGCCGACGUACGAGGAGAUCAUGUCACCAAGAGAGGAAUAUCUACCGGUAAAUGACUCUUCUCAGUGGCACAUCCCUGGCAUCCGUGGGCGUCUAGACAGGGAAUUUCGCCUAAUACGAGAAGAUACUGUCGGGCAGCUACGAGAUGCGGUUCGUGAGGCGUUUGGACGCAUCCGUGGUACCACCGGCGGUAUCGGUUACCAGACAAACUCCAAUAACUUGCGUACAUAUACUUAUGACUCUGCCACUCUCGUCGACAUGCAAUUCGACGCAAACGCCGGUCUAGACUUGGUUGUUCAAUGUGAUCAGCCUUCUUCCGUUUUGACACUGACCCCAGGACAGAGAAGGGAUUGGUGGGAGAGAUCGAAACGCCUCCAGGCCGGCGCACUUGUGUGCAUCAUGGACAAAACCGACUCCGUCAUGUUCUGCACCGUGUCUGAGUCCACCAUGAGGAACAGAGAUGACAAAAAGCACCGCUUCGAGAAGAAAUCAUCAGAUGACGAGGAGCCCGCAGAAAAGGCUGAGCCCUUGACUCUUUCGGAUCAUGACAUAUACUUGCACGUCAACUUGCAGCUUGUAGAGGCAAAUGAAGACGAUGUUUCGCGUGUUCUUCAUUGGUCCAAGAGCACGGGGCCAUCGCGCCAUCGAUAUCUUGUCGAGUUUCCUGGUGUCCUUCUGGCAUCGUUCAAGCAUACGCUUGAUGCCCUUAAGCAAAUGUGCCAGCAACCAAAGAUGCCUUUCGUUGACCUCUUGGCUCCAGACAACGUUACUGUUACAGAGGCUAAUCCGCAGCCACCUUUAUACGCGAGAAAGGCCGGCUUCACAUUCGACAUCGGAUGUAUUACGCAUGAUAACUCUGAGUUUCUCGUUUCUCCCCAGCAGCGUCCGAGUCCAAAACUCAUUGAAUCACGAACGGCUCUAGACCUUACGCAGUCCGCUGCCCUCCUGAAUACCCUGUCACGGGAACUGUCACUCAUUCAAGGCCCUCCUGGUACUGGAAAGAGCUACAGCGGAGAAAAGAUUAUCAAAGUCAUGCUGGCAAACAAGGGAAAGACUAGUAUUGGGCCAAUAUUGUGUGUUUGUUAUACAAAUCACGCUUUAGAUCAGCUUCUCGAGCACCUUCUUGAUGAUGGAAUCGACAAAGUCAUUCGCAUCGGAUCUCGAUCAAAGUCAGAGAGACUACAGGCCCUCAACCUGCGAAUGGUGGCCCAAAACAGCGACCGCACGCGAUCAGAAAAGUCCUCUCUUUGGGAAAUACAACAGAGCUUGGGGGAUAUUGAGCAUAGUAUGAGAGAUUCGCUCCGUGGACUGGCAGCAUCAGAUUCACCACCAUCUAUCAGGGCGUUUCUGGCACAAACCUUUCCUAGGCACCACGGGACGCUGUUUGGUGAAAGCGAAGACGGAUGGGAACAGGUCACCAGAGCACCUCGUGAAGUCUUGCGACGCUGGCUCGCAGGUGGCCCGCGGGACAGCUUCUAUUGCCGAGAUGUUGAGAUUCUAAAAGAAACCAGACUUUCUGCUAUGAACAAUGCCGAGCGUCAAGUUCUUCAUAGAUACUGGCUCAACAGCAUCAUGGCCCCAAUCAUUCACACAAUCACGAGACUUCAGAAAGAGCACUCUGAGUUGAUAGAACGGCGUAAUCGAGUGCGCAGCGAUGUGGAUCUGCGCUGCCUCAAUCAGGCCAAUAUCAUUGGAGUUACAACAACAGGGCUGGCCAAAAACCUGGCUCUCCUCCGGAAACUACGAUGCAAGGUUAUGCUUUGCGAGGAAGCUGGAGAGGUGUUGGAGGCGCACAUUUUAACCGCUUUGCUGCCUUCGAUCGAGCACGCCAUUUUGAUUGGCGACCAUCUCCAAUUGCGUCCACAGAUUCAAAACUAUGAACUGCAAAGCACCAAUCCUCGGGGUAAGCAGUACUCUCUGGAUACGUCUUUGUUCGAGAGAUUGGUCGAACCGCCGCACCUGAUGGACCUACGCCUUCCCUUUAGCACAUUGGACACCCAGAGGAGGAUGCACCCGUCCAUAUCUGAACUUGUACGAUCAACUUUAUACCCAUCUUUGCAAGAUGCCGAGAACGUUAUGAUGUAUCCAAAGGUGGCUGGUAUGAGAGAGCGUCUUUUUUGGCUUCACCAUGACCACCUAGAAGCCGGUGCGGCCAGUCACGACCCCCUGAAUACCUCUCACUCGAACGAUUAUGAAGUUGAGAUGACCGUAUCUCUCAUAUCUCAUCUCGUUAAACAAGGAGAGUAUUCCCCAGACGAUAUUGCAGUUAUUACGCCGUAUCUGGGCCAGCUACAUAAGCUACGGCGCCGAAUGGAAUCCAUGUUUGAGAUUUGCCUCAACGACCGUGACCUUGCAGAACUGGAAGAGUUCGAAAGCAAAGGCCAAGCAACUCCGUCCACUGUCAAGGCGAAACAGUCUAGCAAAACAACUCUUCUCAAGAGCGUCAGGGCUGCAACCGUUGAUAACUUCCAGGGUGAGGAAGCAAAAGUCAUCAUCAUCUCUCUCGUGCGGAGUAACUUGCAAAGGAAGUGUGGAUUUCUCAGCACUUCCAACCGCAUUAAUGUUCUGCUGUCCCGUGCAAAACAUGGCAUGUACAUUAUUGGAAACUCGGACACUUACUAUAAUGUUCCAAUGUGGCAGGAAGUCAUUGACAUGCUCACCACGAAUGGCCGCUUGGGCACAAGUUUGGAGCUUCAGUGUGACCGGCAUCCCGACACCCCAAUCCGCGUCUCCCAGCCAGACCAUUUCACGCUAUUUUCUCCUGAAAGCGGGUGCAAUCUGCCUUGCGACAAGAGACUUCACUGUGGCCAUUCUUGCACUGGAAGGUGUCAUUCGGACAUUCUGCACAAUGUAGUCUUUUGCCACGAACCUUGUCCUCGGCCUCAAAAAGGUUGCGAUCAUGCCUGUCCUCGACGAUGUGGUGACGUAUGUCCGCCCAGGUGCUCUGUUCAGAUAAACAAUAUCGAUCUCGUACUCCCAUGUGGCCACAGGCUUUCUUCGGCAACGUGCUGGGAGACUCAAAACCCCGCCUCUGUUCGCUGCAAGGUCCUCGUUAGACGGAAAGUUCCAGGGUGCAAUCAUGAUGUCGAGGUCCAAUGCUUUUAUGACGUGACCGCUGCCAAUCAUCGGUGCAAUGUCUCGUGCGGGCACAACCGUGAGUGCGGCCAUACGUGCAAGAGUCCCUGUUUUAAAUGCAACCAGCGGGAGGACGGCACGAUAAAGAGGCAGAAUCACGGCAUCUGCAGCCAGAAGUGUGGUCGAAGCUAUACGACAUGCCGACACAGCUGCUCUGAGAUUUGCCAUGGCGAUGCUGGGUGUCCACCUUGCAAGGAACCAUGUGAAGUACGUUGUGGACAUUCAAAAUGCAACAAGGCAUGCCACGAGCCGUGUGCUCCUUGUGCGGCAAACACAUGCCACUCGAGCUGCCCUCAUACGAAGUGUACGAUGCCAUGUGCUGCACCAUGCGACUGGGUUCCAUGCUCUAAGCGGUGCGAGAAUAUGCUGGAAUGUGGCCAUCAGUGUCCUUCACUCUGUGGAGAAGUAUGUCCCGACAAAGCAUUCUGCCAGCAGUGUGCGGGUGAGGCUGUAAAGUCCGCAUGCGUCGAUUUCCUUGAGAUGAAAGAAUAUCACGAGAUCGACUUGGAUGAAGAGCCUUGCAUUUUCCCAGAUUGCGGACAUUUCCUGACUACUUCGUCUAUGGAUGGCCAGAUGGGAAUGGGGGCAUACUACGACCUGAAUGAAGAUGGCCAUCCGGUACGGCUCGGCAAGACUUCUGAACCUUUUUCGCUGGACGAAUCGGGCAUUCCGGUAUGUGCAACCUGCCGGGGCUCUCUCCGAAACAUUGCCAGAUACGGCCGCAUUGUGAGGCGAGCCAUCCUCGACGAGUCGACAAAGAAGUUUAUAGCGUGGGCACACUCAAAAUACCUCUCCUUGGCGACUCGCUUGCUCGGAGAACAGGAAAUCUUGGCGCAAGCGAGCCCUGGAAAGGUGCUUCAGGCCAAUGCAGCAUCCUCUGUGGCAAGAGGUGUUCAACUGAUUAGCUCCGCUCCGAGACUAAAACAGCUCCGAGAAUUGCAAAAGACUGUGGGCAAAGGGCGAUAUGACUCUAUUAUCAAACUCUGGAGGGAGAUUAAAACACACGCCAACAGUGUCAGGGGAGAAGAGCAGCCGUUCAAGCGAGUGGCAGACUUUGUGCAAUUUGCCAAUCGCCAAAACAUGGCGAGUCGAGAGUUUCGAUAUGAUGAAUCCGUCAUCCAGGUCAAGGGGUCGCUUCUUGCGGACGCACUGCUGCUUAAAUGCGAUAUUAUCAUCUUGUUCGACUUUCAUCGUUGGGCCAAAGAUGGGGGUCUGGCCCGAGUUGAUACAGAAGUCAAGUUGGAUUUGUCGCUUCAUUGGACUGAUUGUGCUAACCUCAUUGUGCAAUCUCGUUCACUCAAGUAUGCCAGAGAAGAGGUUCAAGGUCACAUUUUUGCCGCGCAGCUCUGUGGGCUGUGUCUAUCGUUUGACGAGUGUACCAUGUGGCCUGUUGGUAGAGAUCUCAUGACAGAGCAAAACGAGGACAGUCUGAAAGAAGAGGCUUUGAAUCACAUUCAGAAGGCUCGCGCCCUGUUGGAAGAGUAUCCAUCCACGGCCGUGUUCAGAGAUGAGAUUGAUAGUGUUGAGGAGAUGAUUUGCGACGGCAUCUAUCGCCCGGUCACGGCAGAGGAAAUGCGAGCUGUGUACAACGCAAUGUCGGAUGAGCUUCGGGGCACUGGGCACUGGUAUGUCUGUGAGAACAACCAUCCGUUUACUAUUGGUGAAUGCGGAAUGCCUAUGCAAAUGGCCAGAUGCCCUGAGUGUGGCGCCAGGAUUGGGGGCCAGAACCACCAAGCUGUGGAGGGAACGAGGCAUGCGGUGGAUAUUGAGAAUCUUGCGAGAGGGAUGAAUGGGUUGAACAUGUAA